AUGAACAUAUUUGCAACGUUAGAUCCGGCGGUAAAAAAGUUAUUGGGAUGGAAGUUAGGUGACGAAGAAGAGAAAUGGGCCUUCAAAGCAGUUGAGUCGUUGGUGAAGAAGCUUAGAAAGAAGAAGACCGGGGUUGGAACAGUGGAGGAUCUUGAGUUCGCCCUGUCCCAUCCAGGAAUCAGAAGUAAAUGCGUCACCAUCCCUAGAUCACUGGAUGGAAGACUGCAGGUUUGUAACCAUGGUCAUUCAUCGUUUAUGUUUAGGUUUCUCAUCGAAAAGGCCUCCCACAUGUCAUCUAUUGUCGUGUGUGGAGAUGGCCGACCAUCCAGUCUCAUCAUGAAGUCAGACCGAUCCCGGAUUGUCGAUAUCCUUAUGACAGUCGCGGGGAUAAUAUUUGCAUAAAUCCAUAUCACUACCAAAGAGUCGACCAGCACCCAACGACAUCCAGCUUGCCCCCGUACACAAGUCAAAUGAACAUGUCACAGAAUUACAUUCCUCCCUUUACCUCAACUUCGGUCCCCAUUUCCCAUUCAAAUCAUGAACUCAUAAGACCUACAAAUUACAGUCUUCCUGAGGUCAUGGAAGUACAGUAUCCCUCUCCAUACUCUUCCUCAACCACAAUACAAUCUCCAAUCAAUAGUAAUUCGAUUGCUUCACCAUCGGCAUUAAGUGAUGAUGAUGAUUUCACUAGUUUUCAACCAAAUGAGGAUAAGAUAGCUGAAGGUCCCCACAGUUGGAACGAACCCGAUUACUGGUGUACAAUCUGUUAUUACGAACUCAAUUCUCGAGUUGGAGAACCAUUCAAAGUAAUUUUUUACUUAUUUUACGCAACUUUAACCUAUUUAGCUCGCCUGUAAUAAUGUGGUGGUGGAUGGAUUCACGGAUCCCAGCCAAGAAGAAGGAAGGAUUUGCCUGGGAUUACUCUCGAAUGUCAACAGGAAUAUCACAAUCGAGAAUACAAGGCGGCAUAUUGGAAAAGGUAUGAUUGCAUUCUCAAUUACCAAAGAACAGUUACUUCAGGCGUUCGAUUUGUUUGUACGGAGAACUGUGUAACCGUAUUCAACUUCUCCCAAUCCCCGGUUUUUGUCCAGUCAAGGAACAGUAACUUUAAAUACAAUUUGCAGUCAACUGCAGUCUGCCGAGUUCCUUCCAAUUCUAAUAUGAUCGCCUUCGACUAUCAAUUGUUCAUUGAGGUAAUUCUUUUCCUUUAGAGAACCCCGUUUAGAUGUUAAACAAAGCAAAAACUGAAGGUUAUCAACAUGUCUAUGAACUGCAGAAGAUGUGCUUUAUUCGGAUGUCGUUUGUGAAAGGAUGGGGAGCUGACUAUCAUCGGCAGGAUGUUACAUCUACGCCAUGUUGGAUAGAAAUUCAGUUACACCAACCUUUAUCGGUAAGUGUCAUACAAAUAGAAGACUAGUACUUUCAGUGGAUCGACUCUGUAAUAUCUCCAAUGGACCCUCCCGACCAAAAUAAUAUAACCUCCGUCUCAUAA